GCCGCUCCGCUCGCCAGCCUGUCUUCUCCCGAGCUUCUGUCCACGGCCUCCGAGCAGACAAGGAUCCUCCCGGGCAAGUCCAGCGUGAGCUGAGUCCUCCCGAGCCAGCCCAGCGUGAGCACAGCCCGCCCGAGCCAGCCCCGUCCGGCCAUGGAGCACCAGGAGAUCGACAGCAUGCCCCAGGAUCUGUCUGAGGCCUUGAAGGAGGCCACCAAGGAGGUCCACAUCCAAGCAGAGAAUGCCGAGUUCAUGAAGAACUUUCAGAAGGGCCAGGUGACCCGUGAAGGCUUCAAGCUGGUCAUGGCCUCCCUGUACCAUGUCUACGUGGCCCUGGAGGAAGAGAUUGAGCGCAACAAGCAGAACCCGGUCUAUGCCCCCCUUUACUUUCCGGAGGAGCUGCACCGGAAGGCCGCCCUGGAGCAGGACAUGGCCUUCUGGUAUGGGCCCCGCUGGCAGGAGACCAUCCCGUACACGCCGGCCACGCAGCACUAUGUGAGGCGUCUCCACGAGGUGGGGCAAACACAGCCCAAGUUGCUGGUAGCCCACGCCUACACCCGCUACCUGGGUGACCUGUCUGGGGGCCAGGUCCUCAAGAAGAUAGCACAGAAGGCCCUGGGACUGCCCAGCUCCGGAGAGGGUGUGGCCUUCUUCACUUUCCCCAACAUUGGCAAUGCCAUCAAGUUCAAGCAGCUGUACCGGGCACGCAUGAACACCCUGGAGAUGACCCCCGAGGUUAAGCAGAAGGUGAUCGAAGAGGCCAAGACUGCGUUCUUGCUCAACAUCCAGCUGUUUGAGGAGCUACAGGGACUGUUGAACCACAACGAAGAGGAUCAGAGCUCCUCACAGACGUCGGGGCUUCGCCAGCGGGCCAGCAGCAAAGUGCAAGAGCCCACCCCUGCAGUGGUCCCCAGUGGGAAACCCCAGCUCAGCAGCCUGUCCCAGGCACCUCUCCUCCGAUGGGUCCUCACAUUUAGCUUUCUGGUGGCAACAGUGGCUGUGGGUCUCUACGCCAUGUGAACGCGAGCCUGCCAGGCCCCCAGGGGCUGUGAACUCCGCAAUGAAGGAAGGGCCUUCUCUCUGCUGAGGGGAAUCUUGCCUAGCUCCCUUUUCUUGGACCGGGAGAACCUUCAGGCCUCCAAAUCUCUCCCCAUGUCCCUGUCUCUCUGGAAUAGAGAGAGGUGCUCCAGGCAUGGGUCCUUCACUGGAAGUCCAUCCAGCUGGUGGCCUCAACUUCCCAAACCUGCAGCCGAGCCCGGAAGCCGUGGCCGGAAGAGGCAGCUGUCCUGAGCCCAGUGCCCUUGUGUCGUGGGCAUCUGUACUGAUGACUAUGCCACGACUGCUUUUCCCAAGGGUCAUGGCCAGUAUUAUAUCAGUGUGCAGAGAUGUGGUGUCUUUUGUCUUGUUUGUGUUCCUGAUUCCACCUGAAUGGUGGUAUUAUGUUGUGUGUGUUUUUUUCUAACUGGGGUGGGAUGUAUUUUGAAGGGUGGGUGGGAGGUACUUAACAACAAUGUGGCCUUGGUCUCCAGCUUCAGUGUAAAAUAAUAAAUGGCAUUAUCUGAAAGUCA